GUUAGAGCGGAGUGCAGCGGUGUGUGUGUGUGUGUGUGUGUGUGUGCUCGGAUUUACACCACAGAGAGGAUCUAUCGGCUCGGUCACCACCUGCACACAUCUGAUCAGAAAUAACAUCAAUCAGAAAAACUGUGGCGGGUGACUUCCGCUGAUGGAGGAUGACGAGGAGGAUACGCCUUUACCGUUUACAGUCGCACCGCUCGAGAUCGCAGACGUCCAACGAGGGAACAUGCCGCUGAUUCAGACUACGCCGCGCUUCCGGAACCCGGGUUCCGUCCCAAACGCGGUCAGUCCGCUCCACCGCUCCCUCCACGGAGCCGUGGGUUUGGGGUUCGUGUCUACACCGUCGGAUGAUUCACAAGCGCUUCUUCACAAUUUGAUCUUCUACCCCGGAGGAGACUCUGGCUUCGGCGUCCGCGUUCCGUCUGCCUCUGAGGAACCGGGAGUAGACGAGCAGCAGGAUGAAGGGAAAGGGGACGAGAGAGAGGAGGACAGGACGAGCGUGGAAGUGCAGAUCGGACGCAAGCUACGUGAGAUCGGGGAUCAUUUCCAGCAGGAGCACAUGCAGCUGUUCCUGCAGCAUCAGCGAAACCGGCAGCUGAUCUGGUGGCGUUUAGCGAGCACGCUUUACGACUUCCUGUUCCCGAGGGAGUUGGUCAGACACUGAGGAGGUCCGGGGCUCCUGGCGUCUCCCCUCGGGUUACUUGUGCUCUUAAACAGGCCUUUUUGAGGUGAACUUGAUAAAAAAAAAAAAAAAAAAAAACGGACAGGAAGUGAGGAGGAGUGCGAGUCGCCGCUGGACGGAGACGGUGUCCCCGCUAACUGCUCACUCAGAAGCCAUCUUUACAACCGAGCUAGUUUGGGGGGUGUUUUUUUUUUCGGUCGUGUAUUUUAAUUCCGCCUAUGAGUCUGUGAAUGCCUUACAGUGGAGUGAGAGAGAUCAAAGGACUUCAGGAAGAAGAGUUACAAAAGAUAGAAAAUGUGAAGGAGCAGAAAAAAAAACAACUCUAUUUUUUUUCGAACAGGUGAUUUAAGAAAACCCUUUUUAUUUGUAUUUUUUAUUAUCUUGUUUUUGAGACAGUUUUUUGCUGAUCUCAGCACAAGUUUCAUUGAACAGGUCAUUUCUUUUGUGUGGGGAAAAAAACAACAACAACAAACAAAAUUCCUUUUGCAAUGAGAACAUCGAUGCACGACAGUCGCCUUAAACUCGAUUUUUAACAUCUGAGCCUUUAACCUGAGCCUUUAAGAUCCUCAGGGCCGAGAGACAUUUCACAUCCUGAAGGUUUAUACUCGCUCUGACCAGACACUUUGUCUCGAUACCUUUGCUCAGUCUGAGCUGGACGAUUUUUAAACUUUUUGUCAUUUACUGAAUUCUUAAAUUCAUUUUAAUCUUCUGUUUUUAAUAUCUGAAUUAAUUUUCUAAUGGGACAAAAAGUUUUUAACAAGGACCUCAGUUGUAUUUUGGCACAUUUACGAUGGGUAUUGACUAUUUAAAUACACAUUUGUUUAUAUAGGAUGAGAAAUUUAGGUUUUUGAUUUGGCUGAAAAAUGAAUAAAAUAAAGAGAAACUCUGUGGACGGACACUGAAUAUGUUUACAGUCAGGUUUUAAAGUUUUACUACUAACAUUUGUACUUUACCUUUUUUUCUAAUAACAAUUAAAAAAAAGUUGUAACUACAAUUUUUUAACUAAGCUUAAAUUCUUUUUUUUAAGUUAUUGUUUAAGAAAAGAAAAAAACUGUAAAUCCUGAUUGUAAAAUGAUAUUUAAAACCCGAGCUAAUGCAGUGCUGUAAACAAUCAGACACCGACUUGGGGUCGGAUCUCCUUUUGCUCUACAGUCCUGCUGUUCUGAUCAGAAACCUGGUUUGUGUGUCCGAGUGUAAAAACGCCACUGCUUUCAAACGGGUUGUAAAAAACUGUUCAUAGUUUUGUGUUUUUUUUAAUUUUAUUUAUCAGAUGUUUUUUUUUUUUUUUUUUUUUUUUUAAUUCGAAUAAGAGAUGAAAUACGGGAGGAUAAGGAAGAGAAAACAAUUCCUAAUGUAGGUCAAGUUUUCUCAGAAAAAGCCAUUUAUAAAAGAAUUAAGAAUUAAUUAAGAUUUUUUUUUAUUUUUUAUCACUCUUCCCAAAACUUUGGCCCUUAUUUAUCAAAGAUCUAUUCCUUGCACAUUUUUAACUUGGAUUUUUCCUAAUUUCCAAGUUUGUAAUUUUCUCAUCACAGUACAAUUUAUAUAUAUAUAUAUAAUAACCCACCCUCUUUAAAAAAAAAAAAAACAUCACUCAUCUAAGUCUAUAAAACACUGUGAGCUGUAUUUAAUCUAAUCUAAUUUAAUCUAGGUAAUUAUACUCUAAAAAAAUAGAAGAAAGUUCAAUACUUCGAGUUUGUCUGAACAUCUUAAGCUAGCUAUUUUUUAUUUUUUAAUACACAAAGAUUUACUAUGAAAUUAGACUAAAAGUCUAACAAUUACAGUUUUUAUGAAACAAAAACUAAAUAAGAUAAAUUUGAUAAAUAAGGGCAAAUGCAUUUAUUUAUUCGGUUUUGUUUUGUGACCAAAUAGACGGAUAGAUGCGUUUUUUUUUCUUGUAAGCUUUUAUCAGUGUCCAAUGAGACGGCCUGAUUUUAUCACAUGACCAGCUCAUGAACUGGACCUAACGUGUUCUUACUUUCUUUCUUUCUUUCUGUUUUAAAGAACAGUCAUGUUUAUUAAGAUAAUGUUUAUUGGGUAUAAAUGGAGUUGGUGAACAACAAUAAUGAUGAUAAUAAUAAUGGAUAGUAUUUAUUUAUUUUUGUUGUAUAUGAGUUUGUAAAAUAAAAGCGCUAUGAAUUUGUAUUUACAGGAAUAUGAGGGAUUUAUGGAUUUAUUCCUAAUUCUGAUAAAUGUAAAAAAAAAAAGGGACAAAUUUUUAAGUGCUUUAUUUAAGAGUGAUACGACCUAGAUUAAACAAAAUUUUAUCUAAUAUAUAUAAAUCUGCAUCUAUAUAUCGGAUUGGACGAGGGCCGAUAAAACAAUUCUGCGAUAUACGGCGAUAUUACCGUGACGGAAACACUUUAAGUGACUUAACUCCAGAAUACGCACAGCUUCUUCACCUGAUGUCACACUGAGUAUAACGGCGAGAUCACAAGUAAACAAGUCCAGUAAUAUCGUCGCUAUUAAGAAACCGAUUAUCACGAUAUAUCCGAGUUUCUGUGGUUCACCUUCUUCCUCAAACAAGUUCACCGCUACAACCUGGUUUUUAUAUUUCACUCUUUCAGCAGGUCGAUAAUUACAUUAAUGUUAUACGAUAUAUAAGAAAUAACGCCUACUCUCUCGCACCGUUACAAACUGCACUGCUAAUUUUUGUUUUUAUCCUCGACAUUGUUUCACUCACGAGUCGUGAUUUUUAUCAGACAAUCAGAAUCCUAAACGUGCCUUAGGGCCAAACACACACCAGCUCCGUCGCUAACCCUCACACACUCACAGAAGAACGUCAUGAUCGUCAGUGUCGGCAGUUAAACACGCGCGCCUGAUCAGUCGUGCCGCCGUGGACGCCGAGAAAUCACAGUCACUGAUCACAGACGUUCACUUCUUAACUCCACACUCGACUUGUGACGAUGUUAUAUUUUUAUAUUAUUACCGCGAUACUUGCCUAGCGUUUUAUCACAGUUUCCUGCAAUCAAUCUCGCACAUGCUUUCGUUCGGUGCCGUACGGCAUCGCCUUCCUUUAUUAAAGACAGAACUUACGCCGAGCGUCAAUCAUCACAAUACUUCCUGAUAACGAUUUUAAGAGCACACGAAUAGCCACAAUUAACAAAUAAAAACUAGAGCGAACCUUGAAGCGUAAACACGUACAGGUUGCAGAAGUAAAGCCAGACUUAUUUUUACUAUUUUAAAGAUUUGGUAAUGUAUUUUACGGCGAGUCGGUUUCAUUUCCUGGCAGGAAUUUCACUUUUUGCUUGAAACUACAGCUGUAUUUUUUACAUACGAAUGCCCUUUCAAGUGCACUCUUUUCAAGAAUUUCAGUGUUGUAUAAAUCCUGAUUUUACUUUCUUCUAAAGAUGUGUUCAUGUUACAAAAGUUUUUUUUAUGUAUGUAGAAGAAAUGAUUAUACAGUACUUAUGGUUAUUUAUAUGUGGAUAAGAUGUGCUUUUUUAUAGAGUAAAUGCUUAUGAUAUCAAAAAUGCUGUUAAACUUUUUUUUUUCUAUAAAACUCAUUAAAGAUGUGAA